GCAGAUUUCUCUCCAAGAAUCAUUUCGGGUUCAAGUUUGCUUUGCAGGAAAAAUCACCACACAGACUCUCAGAUAUGUCUGCCACCAGCUGUCUCUUCUCUGAGGAGCAGUUUCUCUGCUCCAUCUGUCUGGAUGUGUUCACUGAUCCAGUCUCCAUCCCAUGUGGACACAACUUCUGCAAGCAAUGCAUCACACACCACUGGGAUGUAAACGAGCCAAGUCAGUGCCCGCUGUGUGCAAAGGUUUAUAAAAGAAGACCUGAGCUUCAUGUUAACACUUUCAUAGCGGAGAUGGCUGCUCAGUUUCGGCAAUCAACUGUAAAGAAAACCAGCAGAGUCUUCGUCCAAAGAAGUUCCUCUUCUGUAGCUGUUCUGUGUGACGUCUGCACCGACACCAAAGUGAAGGCGCUGAAGUCCUGCCUGAUGUGCCUGACCUCCUACUGUGAGACUCACCUGGAGCCUCAUCACAGAAUCCCCGGGCUAAAGAGACAUGAGCUGAUCGAUCCUGUGGAGAACCUGGAGGAGAGGAUGUGUCGAAGUCAUGGCCGACCUCUGGAGAUGUUCUGCAAGACGGAUCAGAUGUGCGUGUGUCAGUUCUGCACCGAAUCCAAUCACAAGCAGCACGUCUUUGUCCAGAUGAUAGAUGAAUACACGCUGAAAAAAGACAAACUGGUGAAGUUAGAUGCUGAAAUUCAGAAGAAUAUCCGAGAGAGACGACUGAAGAUUGAGCAGAUGAGACAGGCGGUGAAGCUCAGCAGGGACGAUGCAGACAGAGAGACAGCAGCCAGCAUGGAUGUCUUCACGGCUCUGAUCCAUAGUGUUGAGAAAGGCCUGGCUAUGCUUCUCGAUGUCAUUGAAAAGAAGCACAAAAAAAUAGAAGAAGAGGCUGAAGGCUUCAUCAAAAAGCUGGAAGAUGAAAUCUCAGUGCUGAUGAAGAGAAGUGCUGAAGUGCAGCAGCUCUCAUGCACUGAAGACCACCUCCAGUUCCUCCAAAACUUCUCAUUCUUGAACAUCACAGCGCCCGUCAACAAAUGGUCAUACGUCCGCGUUCACUCAUCUUAUGAAGGGACUAUAGCAAGAGCUUUGGCCCAGCUGGAGAAGACGCUCAGUGAAAUGAUGCUGGAGAUGCGUGCCAAUGUGGAUCUGAAGAGAGUCCAGCACUACGCUGUGGAUGUCACUCUCGAUCCUGAAACAGCAAGUUCCUAUCUCAUCCUGUCUGACGAUCUGAAACAAGUCAAAUCAGCUGUAACACCGCAGGAUCUCCCUGACAACCCGCUGAGAUUCUCCUUUUGUAACGGUGUUUUGGGAAAGCAGAGUUUCUCCACUGGAAGAUUUUAUUAUGAAGUCCAGGUUGGAGAGAAGACUGACUGGGAUUUAGGAGUGGCAGCUGAAUCGGCAGACAGGAAGGGGAAAAUACGACUGUCUCCUAAAAACGGCUUUUGGACCGUGUGGUUGAGGAAUGGGAAAGAGUACAAAGCUCUUGCUGGUCCUGGCGUCCCUCUCUCCCUGAAGGCAAAGCCUCAGAAGGUGGGGGUGUUUGUGGAUUACGAAGAGGGUCUGGUCUCAUUUUAUGACGUGGAAGCAGCAGUUCUGAUCCACUCUUUCACCUACUGUAACUUUACUGAGAAACUUUACCCCUACUUCAGCCCGUGUACUGUUAGUAGUGGCAGUAACACUGCCCCCCUCAUCCUCCUUCCUCUGACCACAAGAGGAACUGAUUAAUUUCUUUAGCAGUAUCAAGUUUGAGAUUUCUGGUGCUUCAAAUAUCAAGGAUGCACAAUAUUUUUGGCAUUAUAUUGCCAUGCAGUGUUUCCCACAAAAGGACAAUACUUGAAUGGGCCUCCCAGAUAUAUCUUCUG